CGGCUGCGAGCCUGCGGGACAUGCCCCCCGCGCCGGCUCCUUGCUGGCGGCCAUGAAGAGGCAGAACGUGCGGACUCUGUCCCUCAUCGUCUGCACCUUCACCUACCUGCUGGUGGGCGCCGCCGUCUUUGACGCCCUGGAAUCGGACCACGAGAUGCGCGAGGAGGAGAAACUCAAAGCCGAGGAGAUCCGGAUUAAGGGGAAGUACAACAUGAGCAGCGAGGACUACCGGCAGCUGGAGCUGGUGAUCCUGCAGUCGGAGCCGCACCGCGCCGGCGUCCAGUGGAAAUUCGCCGGCUCCUUCUACUUUGCCAUCACCGUCAUCACCACCAUAGGCUAUGGACACGCCGCCCCGGGCACCGACGCGGGCAAGGCCUUCUGCAUGUUCUACGCGGUGCUCGGCAUCCCGCUGACGCUGGUCAUGUUCCAGAGCCUGGGCGAGCGGAUGAACACGUUCGUGCGCUACCUGCUGAAGCGCAUCAAGAAGUGCUGCGGCAUGCGCAACACCGAUGUGUCCAUGGAGAACAUGGUGACCGUGGGCUUCUUCUCGUGCAUGGGGACGCUGUGCAUCGGCGCCGCCGCCUUCUCCCAGUGCGAGGAGUGGAGCUUCUUCCACGCCUACUAUUACUGCUUCAUCACCCUGACCACCAUCGGCUUCGGGGACUACGUGGCCCUGCAGACCAAGGGCGCGCUGCAGAAGAAGCCGCUCUACGUGGCCUUUAGCUUUAUGUACAUCCUGGUGGGGCUGACGGUCAUCGGGGCCUUCCUCAACCUGGUGGUCCUCAGGUUCUUGACCAUGAACAGCGAGGACGAGCGGCGGGACGCCGAGGAGCGGGCGUCGCUGGCCGGCGCGCGCGCCAGCAUGGCCCUGGCCCCCGAGGACGCGCGGGCGCGGGCGCGGCCGCAGGCGGACGUGACGGACCUGCAGUCGGUGUGCUCGUGCCUGUGCUACCGCGCGCACGCGCCCCGGCCCGCCGCGCACCACAACGCCUUGGGCGGCGCGCCCGCAGCGCACUAUUUCCGCUCCACAUCGUACCGGAUGGAGGAGAUCUCGCCAAGCACACUCAAGAACAGUCUCUUCCCGUCGCCGCUCAGCUCCAUCUCGCCCGGGCUGCACAGCUUCACGGACAGCCACCGGCUGAUGCGGCGGCGCAAGUCCAUCUAGGG